CCCCACAGUCGACCAUUGGCGAUAGUAUUUCGAUAGAAUAAACUCGGAACGGUUGAGUAAAGAAACAAAGAAGAAAAAGCGGACUAAAUGUGCAGAUAUUUUCCCCAAGGAAAAUUUUAAAAAAAUAAUGAAAAAUAGUGUUCAGUGAAAAGAAAAGGUUGAAAAAUACCAAAGAAAAACUAACCCAGUAGACGGUGCAGUGAAAAAAAAGGGAUAGAACAAAAAAGUAAAACAACAACAAAAAAAGAAACUACUGUGUGGCUAGUACCCACGAGGGCCCAGCUACGGAGCUCUACCACUACCGAGACGGACAGAUCUCGCCGAGGAACAACCAGCAGAAUUAUCAGCGCGAACAAGAACCAACGACAACAUCGCCCAACAGCAACAAGGCGGCCAACUUAAAGGCGACAACACCGCCUAACAACCACAACAAGCGGCGAAACUAAAGGCGACAACACCGCCUAACAACCACAUCAAGGCGGCCAACUUAAAGGCGGCAACACCGUCUAACAACCACAACGUUGCUGCUGCUGUUGUUGUUGUUAGGCGGUAGGUCGCCUUUAAGUUGCUGUUAGGCGGUCGCUGCUGUUGUGGCCGCCUUGUUGUUGUAUUGCAAUCGAGCUACAAAAGAACACUCGCUUAAAUGACGAAAUACACGCAAAGCAACAACACAAACUCGGCUAUUUAUCCGAGCUCAGCCAGGUCGGUUAAAAAGUACGCGACCUGAAUGCUAGAGUUGUUCCAAAGUUUGCGCGGAUCACUAGAAUCUAUCGCACGUACCAGUUUAUGUGAAAAGUAUUCAAAUGUUAUCAGCCCGAGAACAGUUUUUUACGUCUUCCAGUAUGCCUACAUCGGCGUUGGGACUGGGCUUUGAUGUCGUUGAUGAACGGCGAUGUGCCAUCCCUGUCUAUAACUCAACUACAGUGCCAUUGGCCAGUAUGAAUGGUUGGCGGAGUGGUGGAAGUGUUUUUUCUUCUGCACCUUCCACCGAUGCUACGUCUCAAACGGUCGAGACCCACCUGGAGCAACAGCAGCCAAAAUCGCAGAUGGGAAAAGGCAUUAAUAGUAAUUGUUGUAAUGGUAAAGCGGAGAAAAGUAGUGAUGAACCCAUUUCGAACUUACCUUCACGCCAGCCUGUCGACAUUGAGUUCAAAGAUCUCUCACUCACCGUACAAAUGGGCUUUGGAAAAGGGGAAAAAGAGAUUUUACACAACGUUUGUGGAAAGUUUCCCGGUAGUCAACUAAUAGCGAUUAUGGGCCCCUCUGGCGCGGGCAAAUCCACAUUACUUGAUGCACUAUCAGGCUUUAAAACAACAGGUGUAGAUGGUUCGAUACUCCUCAAUGGCCGACGACGCGACUUGCCUUCAUUUCGUCGUAUGUCCUGUUAUAUUACGCAAGAUGAUCGCCUACAACCAUUGUUAACAGUCAAUGAAAAUAUGCAUAUAGCGGCAGAUUUGAAAUUAGCUCCAAAUGUCAGCUAUGAACAAAAGGAAGGCAGGAUCGAGGACAUUUUGCUAUUGCUGGGCUUGUACGAACAUGAUCAGACAAUGACAAUGCGACUUUCCGGUGGACAAAAAAAAAGGCUCUCUAUUGCUAUGGAAUUGAUAAAUAAUCCAACUGUAAUGUUCCUUGAUGAACCUACAACUGGCCUCGACAGCAGUUCCUGUACAAAGGUAUUGGAGCUAUGCAAGAAGCUAGCACAGCAAGGAAGAACCAUCAUUUGUACAAUACAUCAGCCUACCGCCAAACUCUUCCAAAUCUUCGAUCAAGUAUACGUACUUUCUGCGGGUAACUGUAUUUACCAGGGUAGUACAGAAAGAUUAGUGCCAUUUCUACAAACUGUUGACUUGCCAUGCCCUGUCUACCACAAUCCCGCAGAUUAUAUUAUUGAACUGGCUUGCGGUGAAUAUGGAAAGGAUAAAGUGGACAUCCUUAAAUCAGCUGCUGAGAAUGGCAGUUGCUUAGCGUGGUUUGAAGAUGCAAGUUCCAUUCUGCGUGCCGAAGCGCUGAUUCGUAAAUAUCCGAUUCCUAAAAAAUCUCAGCAGCGUUCAUUAGAGGAUACGAGUUAUAUUAACCAAUUGUCAGUGUUGUUGCAUCGAGGAUAUGUUAAGGCAAAACGCGAUACAACUUUGACACAUUUACGGAUAGCAGUUAAUGUUUUUGUAGCCAUAAUUCUGGGUUCAUUAUACGCCGGCUCUGGACGUGAAGGUUCGAGAGUCUUAGACAAUUAUAAUCUACUAUUUGCUAUAUUAAUCCAUCAUUCCAUGACAACAAUGAUGUUGACUGUACUAACCUUCCCAAUAGAGAUGUCGAUAUUGCUGAAGGAACACUUUAACCGUUGGUAUUCUCUAAAGGCUUACUACACAUCAAUUACCUUAAUCGAUCUCCCCAUAUCUAUUAUUGGCUGCCUGCUCUUUACUGUUAUAAUAUAUUUAUGGAGUUAUCAGCCAAUGGAAUGGAUGCGCUUCUGGAUGUUCUUCGCCAUGAGUUUGUUGACUGUGUUUGUUGGUCAAAGUUUUGGCUUGAUGAUUGGUGCUUGGUUUAGUGUCGUGCUCGCUAUAUGCACAAAUUCUUCAAACCAGUCGCAGAAGACCCAUUAAAAAUGAAUUACAACAACUAAAAUCGACGAUCUAAUGACGUUACAAGUUCCCCAAAUUCUGAAACUGCUAAAGGAAUGAGAAUGAAGGAUUCUUUUAAAAAAGCUUCAGAAAAACCUGACGCAUCUGGUUUGGUUUGUAAGCGCUGUUGAAACAACGAUCUCACCAUUAUGCUAGAUUUUUCAAGUGAACAUGAAAGUCAGGAGGAUACA